AUGGCCUCCCCGAGUUUAAAAUUUGUAAAAAUUCUUAGGGGAAUGUAUUGCUGGGUAUAUGAUUUUACCCCAGCCCAGACUAUUGAUUUCUGCGAUUGUUCGGAGACUACCUAUAUUAAAAUCAAAGAUUUGAUUUUGCAAGUAAUUUCUAAACAAGAACCAGAAAUGGUUAAAAUGGGUGAAGAAGGUAUUGGGGUGCAGUUUGACGAAACGGCUAUCUGUAAUGGGGAGUUAAUACCCAACCCAUCCAGUACCCUAGACAACAAACCCAACGUACAAUGGUUAUUAGGUGGUGCAGAAGAGGGAAAUUGUGGGGCUUUGUUCUAA